AUGCAGAUUCAUCUCUACGAGUGCCGGUCCAGCCGACCGCUGAUCCACAACCUGGCCUGGUCCAAGCUGGAAGUGUGCAUGAUGGUCGUGUCGGAGCUGCGCGAGACGUACUGGGGCGCCAACUUUGCCUUCAAGCUCUUUGAGGCGGCAAAGGCCAUGUUGCAGAAGCGGCCCCAUCAUCACCAUCACCACUACCACAGCGGCGGGGGCAGCAGCGGCCCGGUGGGAUCGUCACCAACAACGACCACGACCGCCACGAGACAAAAUGCCGUCGCCAAUAACAACGACCACGACGAUGAGACGGCUUUGAACACGGACGGCUUGCUGGACGAGGGAGACGCGCUGGAUUGGUUCAACGACCCAUUCCUCUCGGCCGGUCCGUGGCCCAUGGACACGUCUGCCUUUGACUUUGGCGAGUCCUACAUGAAUCCCCUACACACUGGCAUCAGUGAUCUUCAGCCCGCCACGGCCUCUGCCGCCACGGCCGCCGACCCUUGGAGCCUCGACGGGUUCCAGCACGUGCUCGACGCAUCCUUUGGUAUGGACGCUUAG